UACAUUCAGGUGGAAGGGAGAGAAUGUGGCCACAACUGAAGUAGCUGACAUCCUCACCCUGAUAGACUUUGUCCAAGAGGCAAAUGUCUACGGCGUUCAAGUACCAGGCAACGAGGGGAGGAUAGGAAUGGCUGCCGUCACGGUGAAGGGGGGAGAACAGUUUGAUGGCAACAAAACGUUCAGCCAUGUAGCCAGCUUCCUACCGGCGUAUGCACGGCCCCGCUUCAUACGCAUCCAGAAUGCGGUGGAGAUGACGGGGACCUUCAAACAGAUGAAGGUGAGGUUAGUGGAGGAAGGUUUCGACCCGGCAGGCAUCACAGACCCUCUGUACAUCCUACAGGAGAGUAAUCAGAGUUACACACCAAUGACUGGCCAGAUCUACGGCUCCAUAGUGUCAGGCAUCAUCAAGCUGUGAACAGAUCUGUGGUGAUACUACUCCUGGGUCCUAUUCAUUAGGACAUGCAAUUGAAAACGUUUCAAUAAUGUUUUGAAACAGGAAACAAAAAUGAGUAUUACUUAGUCCCUCCCUGUUUUAGUCCACGCCAGCCCUCAUUCUUUACCUGCGGCAUCGUCUGAGACCGGCCACCCGGACAGCUAAUGAAACUUAGGAGUAUUUCUGUCAGUAAUAAAGCCCUUUUGUGUGGAAAAUCUCAUUCUGAUUGGCUGGGCCUGUGUUGAAGUGAUUUAAAUGUUGAAAGAUAAUGAUGAAAUAAUUCCACUCUGAAACCUUAUAACUGUAUGAAAUUGAUUAGAAUCAUACAAUUAUUAUCUGAUGGUUUUGUGUAGUUUUAGUCAGUAAAAUUAUAUAUAUGUGAGUGUAGUUUUAGUCAGAAUUAGGGUUAAACAAUAUAUCUGUACAAUAUGUCUUUAUAGUGUCUUAAACACAGACUCUCUGAGCAAAAUUCAGUGCCGACCUGGCUAGAGGUUUGGGAGAGGACAGGGAGUACUUCUCAAGGUCUCCCUAAUCUUUGUCGGCUGGGUAAUGAUACAGUAUGUGCGUAGGAUACCUACUGUUUGUGUGUGGAAGUAUGUGCGUAGGAUACCAACUGUUUGUGUGUGAAUGUAAGUGCUUAAGGAGCCAGUAUAAAAUGAAUGGUUUUGUACAACGGACCAGCGCUCUCAUGAAUAAACAUUUUGACUAUCAUA